AUGGUAUCAGAGCCUUUGAUCUACCCUAAGUUUCUUCUCUUCUUCUUCUCCUCUGCCAUGGCAAACACAACUCCUCUUGUUACUGCUACCACUGAUUCCAUCCCAACAACUGAGGGAUCUCUCCUCAACGUCAUCACGUCCAACAUCGCUAAACUCAAUGCUUCCAACUACCUGAUGUUGAGUUGCCAGGUCCACGCCCUACUCGAUGGCUACGACCUAGCCUUCUACCUCAAGGAAUCAACAAUGUUUGCGCACAGAACUUUCUUACAUUGUUAG